AUGAGUACGACCUUCUCUGAUAAGCCCUACUAUACGGUAGGUUUUGGAAAUUAGCGAUAUUUGAUCUGAUAUUGUAGUAGAGGUUAUGUCUUGAAAAUACUGCCGUAGGGAAAAUAAUUUGGUGAAGGGAAUGUCGUGUAUUAUAAAAGUUGAGUUAAUAUUUUUUUGUUUUGUAUAAUAGUAUUCAUGAAAAGGCCUGUAAAAUAAGGUAAUGCUAAUGAGGUACGUAUAAUAUCAUUUUUUUGUAAAAAAUUAAAUUUAGAUUUUUAAAAUGGGUCAAAUUAUUAUCUACAAGUCAAUUUUAAAGAGUUUGAAUUAAAAAAGCUGCCAUAUAAGUAUGUAAUGUGUAUCUAAUACUUUAUAGCAAAUUAAUGCUAAAAAUAAAAAUAAGCAUUACCUUGCUUGAGCAAGGUCGAUCUGUAUGAUUUAAGAGCUUAUUUUUUAGAGCAUAAGUAAGUCCUUGCCUUCAACAACGUUUCCUUUGCAAAAAGAUGCUCUGAAGCCGAUGGAAAGGAUAAGAUCGGAACGGUUUGAACGUGUUACUGAAUGGAGAACACCCCUCAGAGCACGCCCUCACAAUUUAGACAUUGGGAAGGGGUAAACUUUUAAAAGAGUUAAAUUUUUUAUAAUUGUAUUAGGUUGUUUAGAUAAUUCUGUGACCAUUGUCAAAGCAAAUUUUUGGGGAUAGGGGCACAUAAUUACUUGAACAACCUAAUAAAGUCAUAAAAUGAUCUUUAUCAAUAGAUAGGAUAAAUAGUAAAAAAGCUAUUUUUCAGAUCAAACGUCAUAGUAUCAGAUCCAGUAUCUAAAACUACGUUUACAUCACCAUCUUAUACGGAACCAUCGUACCAUACGAGCCCGAAUGAACGUCUGGUGCCCAUAAUAACCAACAACGGCUCGCCAAACACUUUGGAUGACAUUUCCACGGAACAAGAGAUAUCAAAGUCGAAGAGAAUCAGAAGAUUCUACGAUUAUCCUUCUGAGUUUGAUGGAAUUUUCAACAAAAGUGAUUUGAAAUUGGCACAUAGGGGGAGGGAAGAUUAUAGUAAGAGAGGUUUGAUUAUUUUCAAAAGGUUUAAAGUUAUGUUUUUGAGCUUAAAAUUUGAGUUCAUAGUAGUUUUAUGCUACUUUAAGAUAAUUUUAUAUGAUUUUAGGGCAAUUUGUUGUAUGUUUUAAUUGUGACACGCUGUUUUAAAGCACAUUUUUUAGAUUUACCAUCAUAUCCACCGAAGAAUGAACGUCAGGCUUAUUCACUAAGCGAAUCUAAGCCUAAAAAGCAAUUCACAACAAUAUCGGAGCCUAUUCGACAUUAUCCAUGGCGUAAUGACGUCAAGUAUCUGGGUAGGAAGCGAGGUAAAUUUCUCUAACAAGUAUGAUGGUUUAUAUAACUUCUUUAACAAUUGUGUUAUGGAUGUUUUAUAUAAAUCAUGAGCAUUUAUUAAAUUUUAUGAUUUUUUAAUAAAAAAAAAUUUUUUUUGUCAUUUUUAACUAAAACUCACAUUUUUAUUCCUAUUUCUUUAUCCAAAACAACAUUCUUGACGCCGUCUAUCAAUAUUUUUGCUAAAAAUCUCAAAACACCUAUCUUUAAUGUGAUUCGAAGCCAAAAACCAGCUCUGUUAACUGGAAUUCCAGGUAAUCCAGUGCUUAUCUUUAGCUGAAGGCAUCGAACCGCAAACUUUUGAACUGGAUUUUCGGAAAGUGAAAGCGCUGGUUUUAACGGUAAUUUGGAGGGGUAAAACGUUCGCCAUCUCAAUUAACAGCUUCUUCUUCUUCAGAAGCGAAUAUUGUUUCACGUCUUACUUGAUUACCUUUAAUUUAGUAUCGCCAUUCUUAAAAUUUGAGGAAUUUCAACGAUUUUAUGGAAUUUCAAGCCGUUUCUCUUUAAUUUUUUGAAUUUCUUAAUUGAAGAUGAAUGAUAAGAAAUUGGAAGUCUAAAAUUCUUUUUUUUACGUUUACUUUAUUUUACAAGCAGUUUAUACCUAAAAUACGCUUAAUAUUUUAGAAAUGUCGACAGAAGCACCAACUCAUCAAGACUUUUUGGCUAUGACAAUUCCCGAACCUCCGCCGAUUCCUCCGCCGCUACCACCGAAAACGAGAAAAUUGUCUAACACUUCUGACUUUUCAAUGGUUUCAAACAAGGAUUUCAAAGCGCAGAAUUAUGAUCAGAUUCACAAGUUAUUGCAGGUAAUUUCAUUACUUUAAAGGUUUACUGGAGGAUUGCACGGUGCAAUUUGAAAUUGACAAGAAUUUGGGUAAAGAUUAAGUAGAAAACAGGUGAUUUUGAGUGUAAUUGACAGUUGUAGAGGAUUUUAUUGUUAGAGUUAGGUGUGCCUUUAAACGCACCAUUAUUUUUGCAUCAGUUAAUUAGUUUUGUAUUUUGCACUGUGCAGACUAAAAAACGGUCAAAAAAACAAAUUGCUGAAUAAAAAAAAGUUCAUUUAGCAUAAACUACUGAAUUCUGUGAACUUUUAGAACAAUAUUACAAGUUUAUUUUGAAAUUGCGCUAUACCUUUUGCGGCGGUGCGACUUUUGCGGACAAAACUUUGCGGACAGACAGUUGCGGACAAUAUUUCAGUGUCCGCAAAAGUUUGAAAAAAUCACAGUUGCGGACACUAUUUAAUUAUUGGGUAGCACGGUACAGUACAGUAAGAUAGGGAUAGGGUAGUAUAGUAUAGUAUAUGCAGUGCAGUGUCCGCAAAUGUCUGUAUCAUCGACACUUGCGGACAGCGACAAGACUUCUGGUGUCCGCAAGUGUCAUUCUUUAUGUUUUUUGCGGACAGGGGUUUUUUCAAACUUUUGCGGACACUGAAAUAUUGUCCGCAACUGUCUGUCCGCAAAGGUUUGUCCGCAAGUGUGACCCCGCCCCUUUUGCAUCAACAAACGAAUUUUGUGUUUUGCACCGAGCAGCCUAAAAAGUAGGGCCUUGCACCGUGCAAGAACAUUAAAAUUAUUAAUUUGGCUGAAUAUAGUUGUAAAUCAUUUAAGUACAACUAAAAUAUUGUAGUUGUUUACAGUAGUGUGGCAGAAUCAGAGGGCGACCGUUUCGCUUUUUGACUUUGAAUUCGAUUUUAAGCGUUUUUUGUGAAUCGCCACAGGGAUUUAAGGUCUGAUCUUGUAAAAAACGCCUGUCAAAACUGGAUUUUAAUAUUUUUAAUCUGUUUUUGGUGUUGUAGUAGAUUUUUUUUCAAAAAUACGGUUCGGUCAGUUAAUUCUUGUUCUAUUUUAGUGAUAAUGCUUUGGUGUGGGUCCCGGUUUUGGGCUCACACGUGUAGCCCGUCCUCUUUUAAAUUUGUUUUGGGUUGGUUCUAGUGGGCCUUCUUUCAGGUCUAGUUGAGUGCUAUUGUAAUGAUAUUGAUAAUAUCAAUUAUGUUAUACUGCAAAAUGAUGAAGUAUUAAAUUUUUCAAAGCUUAUUAACACUUGGUAUAACAAUAUCACAUGUUUUUUCAAAUCAAUUUACGAAAUGACAGUUUAAAGUUGACCGGGUAUCGAAUGACAGUAUCGUUUGCUUUCAGACCGAAGAUGUUGUGAUUCCGAUGGUGGAGCGCUUCCUUCGUUCGCAGUUCGCAGAGGCUAGUCCCCACAAAACCUUGGACAUCUCCAGCUUUUCCCACUCCGAUAUUCCUCUGAAACAUUCUUGGGAGAGGGUUUUCCGCGUUUCCGACGGAAAAAAGGUAAUAAUUUUUGAAAUUUUCAACUUUUUCUGGUUUUAGGGGGGGGGGGUCAUUUUAAUUUUAUGGUGGGGGAGCGGGUUGAAUAAAAUGUUUUUUUUUCAAACUUUUAAUUAAAAAUGAAUAGAGAGGAAGUAUUCUGAUUUUUUAUGUUCGGGCGGGGUAAUCCUUUUUAAUUUUAGUUGAAAAGUAAAUGGAAAGGGCUUUCCCGAUUUUUUUUAUAUUCUGGGCGGGAUAAAAAUAUUUUAUUUAGCAUUCUUGGCUGAAAAAGAUUUUUUUCUAAAACACCUCUUCAAAAUUGUAAUUUUUAAUCACAAAAUACCUAAAACUAUUUUAUGAUUGCAUUAACACGUUUGUUUACCUUCUUAAUCCGCAACUGAUAGCAACGACAAUAUCGGUUGACAAUGGUCACAACCCUCGCUAUGUUUACUUUUGUAUUGUUUUUGGAAGCAAAGGUCACAAAGGGCGGAUGGGUAAUUAUAACCCAGGGCGAGGUCGAUUGCCGCCUUCUGAAGGAUUGCAUAAAUCAUAUUCGAAUUGGAAUGGGGGGGGGGAUUUUAGUGGAAUGUGGUUAAAAUUUUGGAAUUUAAUUUUUUAUUUUACCUUACUCUACUCUACUUGACCUUACAUUACUUUGUCUUGGCAUUUUUUAUAUCAUAUAUUUUACUACAGGCAGCCACAAUAAAGCUGGAGAAUCGGCUGACAAUAGAGAAGGAUCCGAUGGAAGAUUCUCAAUCAAGCUCCAGAAGUCAUCGUAAGGUUUCGUCGUCAGGGUCGUCUUCAGGAUUCAGAUCUUCUGAAUCUCAAGACGGAUUCAGUGAUGGGAAUACGAUCUCAGAGAGUGAUAUGUUGUUACUGGUUCACAAAAAGAUAGCCAAAGGAGUCAUGUUGGGUAAGAUGAUGUUUUUAUUGCUGGACGGAGAAAAAUUCUGAAGGAAAAAAUGUUUUAUGGGUAAAAAAUUUUUUUGAAAAAUGUUGUGUUGGACAUAUUGUUAUAGAAUGGCCAGAGCUGUUUCUUCUUAAAAACUCUCAUUGUCGUCAUGUAAUGCCAUUGGAGCGGUUGUAUCGUCAACUCUCCGUGAAGCCGGAUUCAGAACAGAAGUGGCGACAAAUCGGGGCAGAACUACGACAUUCAUACACAUUAUAUCAAGAUAUACUGGAGAGGUGCUUGGUAAUAGACGAGUUAUACACUCAACUGGCAUAUAUGAUCAUGCAAGCCGAAAGCUAUUGGUAUGGGGCUAGGGUUUGUGCUGGUAGGUUGGUUGCUUUACUUUGACAGGGGUAUGGGUAGCUGAUUAUAUGUUGAUGUUACUUUUUUGUAUGUAUCGUAUGUUGGUAUUAGUAUGAUUUAAUUUUUAUUUUACCAUUAUAUUUAUUAGUUUUAUCAAUAUACAUCCUCUUUUCUACUAUAUACACCAACCUUCUUUAGACCGAUCUCUCCAAACCUCCUGGUACCAUCUAGCAGUUCAAAUCUACGCUCGUCUACUCCAGAAGGCCCAACUUCAUCUGGCAGCCUCAGAUCGAUCUCUUCUUACUGUUAUGGACAAACUUUCACAGAUCAUGCUAGAAGCCGGGGAUUCAGAUGAUAGAACGUUAAAACUGUGUAAAGCUGGUGUUGUAGCAGCAGAGAAAGAGCUGGAGGUGAAUGAAGACAUCAAAAGGGAACGAAAACUUAUCAAAAUCAAGAAUCGACUGGUCAGAAUUGAGGCUCAGGGAUUGAGGAGUUGA